UGCUUUCAGAAUGCAUCAGUUUCUUUCGAACAAGAUCAACAUCAACUAAAAUGGCUUUCAAAAUCGUCGUACUUACCACCCUUUUGGCCUACGCCAACGCAGGACUCAUCGCCGCCCCUGCAGUAGCAACCUACUCCGCGGCUCCCGCAGUCAGCAGCUCUUACAUCCACCAAGCAUCCCCCGUAGCUGUUGCACACGCUGCCCCUCUUGCUGUUGCACAUGCUGCCCCCGUUGCCGUAGCCCACGCCGCCCCAGUUGUAUCCACCUACGCCUCCUCUCCUGUAGCCAUCCAUGCCCCAGCUUACGGAGCCACUCACCAAAGCGUAGAACGUUCUCUCGGAGGUGCUCAAUCUGUCUCCCACUACUCCAAAGCCGUUGACAGCGCUUUCUCCAGCGUCAGGAAAUACGACACACGUAUCACCAACGAUGCCCUUUCUGUAGCUCACGCUCCAGUUGUUUCUGCUUACUCUGCUGCCCCAGUCUAUGCUAAAGCUGUUGCUCCCGCAGUUGCAUACUCUGCUGCCCCAUCGUUCAGCUCCUCUUACAUCCAGAAGGCUGCCCCUCUUGCCUACGCUUCAUAUGCCCACGCUGCUCCUGUAGCUACCUAUGCCCACGCUGCUCCUGUAGCUACCUAUGCCCACGCUGCUCCUGUAGCUACCUAUGCCCACGCUGCUCCUGUAGCUACCUAUGCUGCCCAUGCUGCUCCUGUAGCCGCUUAUGCUGCCCAUGCUGCCCCUGUAGCUUCCUACUCUGCUGGUCCAGUCGUAACUAAAGCUGCCGUAGCUUACUCUCCAGCUGCUGUUGUUUCUCACAUGACCUUCAGCGGGCUUGGAACCGCUUACCAAUGGUAAUUCCAUGAAUUUCAACUACAUUUGUAAAUAUGUGUAAUUUUAUUUAUUGGCG